GGCAUAUACAGAUUGUGGUUUACAUUUUGAGCUUAUGAAGUUAUUUACAGUGUUGAACAUUGUGAUAUGAACAAUAUUAUUAGAUUUUAUUCAUUGACGUGAUAUGGCUCCUACAAUCCAGACAAAUGGCAGUACAGCUGAUAGAGAUAAACGUACAGUUAGACCAGCAGAAAAAAGAUCCGAGUUAAUAUGUAGAGUUAAAUAUUGUAACACAUUGCCAGAUAUUCCAUUUGAUCCUAAGUUUAUAACAUAUCCCUUUGAGUCUACUCGGUUUAUUCAAUAUAAUCCAACCUCAUUGGAACGUAACUAUAAAUAUGAAGUAUUGACAGAACACGAUUUAGGUGUAGAGAUUGAUCUUAUAAACAAAGAUACAUAUGCUGGGGAUGUUAAUGCUCAGCUAGAUACUGCUGAUGAAAAACUCCUUGAGGAAGAUGUUCUUACACCACAGGAUUCUAAAAGAUCAAGACAUCAUGCCAGAAGUGUAUCUUGGCUUAGGCGUACAGAAUAUAUAUCCACAGAACAAACUAGAUUUCAACCACAAACUGUGGAUAAAGUUGAAGCUAAAGUUGGUUAUAGCAUUAAGAAAAACUUCAAAGAAGAAACAUUAUAUAUGGAUCGUGAAAGUCAAAUAAAAGCUAUUGAAAAAACAUUUGAAGAUAACAAGAUACCAAUUGAAAGACAUUACAGUAAACCAAAUGUGGUGCCAGUAGAAAUUUCUCCAGUAUUUCCAGAUUUCAAGUUAUGGAAAUAUCCGUGCGCGCAAGUCAUAUUUGAUUCAGAUCCGGCUCCAACGGGACGUUCCGUGCCAGCUCAAAUUGAAGAAAUGUCCCAAGCCAUGAUCAGAGGUGUAAUGGAUGAAAGUGGUGAACAAUUCGUCGCGUACUUCUUACCUUUGGAAGAAACAUUAGACAAACGCAGGAGAGAUUUUAGCGCUGAUAUUGAUUACGCGGAUGAUGAAGAAUAUGAAUAUAAAAUGGCUAGAGAAUAUAAUUGGAACGUUAAAAGCAAAGCUUCAAAAGGAUACGAAGAAAAUUACUUCCUUGUUAUGAGACAAGACGGGGUAUAUUACAACGAACUAGAAACGCGUGUACGCCUUAGUAAACGUCGUCAAAAAGUUGGACAGCAACCAAACAACACAAGAUUGAUUGUAAGACAUCGGCCACUUAAUGCUACUGAAUUUAAAAUGCAAAGAUAUAGGGAAAAGCAACUGGAACCACCUGGAGAAGAAGAUGAAGAAGAAGAGGAGGAGGAGGAGGAGGAAGGAGAGCCUCAGCCAGAAGCUGAGAAAACUGAUGAAAGAGAAAGAUCUGAAAAUGAAGCCGAAUCCAAAGCAUCGUCUAGGGCAUCUUCUCGAGCAUCCAGCAGGAAAUCCAGGUCUCGUUCGAAAUCUGGUUCAAGAUCUAAAUCCCGAUCUCCAUCGCCGACGAAAUCUAAAUCUGGUUCUCAUUCGCGAUCCGAAUCACGAUCCCCUUCUAGAUCGCACAGCAAAUCUAGAUCAAGAUCCGGUACUCCACAGUCGCGAAACUCUUCUAAAUCAAGGUCUCGGUCAAAGUCCGCUUCAAGAUCUCGUUCUGGGUCUCCAACCAAAUCGCAAUCUGGAUCUCCAUCGAGUUCAAAAUCUAGAUCAAAGUCGAGAUCCCGAUCAAGAUCGAGAUCAGCCAGUGGUAGCGGUAGUGGUUCUGGUAGUGGCAGUGGUGAGAGUGGCUCCGAAAGUGAAUAAAUAAUGAAAAACUUUCCGUUAAAAAGCAAUUAAUGCUACCGGAAGCAGGUAUGUUUUUUUUUUUUUAAAGCUACUAAUGAACUGUUCAUUUAAAAAUUGUUGCAUCAUUAUAUGUAUAUAAUGGUUGUCACAUGUAUAUGACAUAUUACGAUGUAAUUUAAGAAUUGACAUUAGUAAAAAGGAAAGUAACGAUUUA